AUGGAAAGCAACUAUCUUGAACAAAUCCUCUCUUCAGACAAUACUCUUAGAUCAUAAGGUGAGCAAUAGAUAACUGAAAUGAGAAAAUCUAAUCCACAGCAAUUAUCCCAAUAUUUCAUGGAAAAUAUGAAGAGCUCAAAGCUGGAAAUUGCUUAAUUGUCUUGUAUUCUUUACAAGAAAUUUUUCUUAGAUCAGCAAAAUGCCUAAAGCCUUAGCUUUGAUGACUUGGAAAUGAUGAAGACUUAAAUUAUGGGAACACUUGAUUUCAGCAAUCAAUAACUUACCCUAUUGAAGAGAAAAGGAGAUGUCAUUUCAAAGAUCUUCGCUUAACAGAACAAAAAUGAAGACCUUCUCAAGCUUCUAGUUGAAUGGGCUCAAUCAGACAACACCAACUCAAGAGUCUUCGCUAUGUACGUAUUCGAGGUUCUCUCCGACUGUCAUCUCACCCCAGAGCAAUUGACUGCUUACAAGGAUUCAUUUAUGAGCAUUUUCAGCAAAAGCUUCACUGACAGAGAGGUCUCAGUCAGAGUUGCUGCACUCAAAGCAACAACCUCAUUCCUCACCUCAAUUGAUGAUUCCGAUAUGGUUAUGGGAUAUAUUGGAGUGAUGCCUCAAAUCCUCAACACUGUGGUUGAAGCUCUCAAGGAAGACGAGGGCUAGGGUAAAAUAGCUUUGGACAGCAUGAAUGAGCUCACCAAUAUUCACCCAGAGAUCUGGAAAAACACUACAAACCAAUUAGUCAAUGUCGUCUCUCAAGUUAUCUCAUAAAAGAGCUUUGAUGAGAGUACCAGAGCUUGCGCUACAGAGGUAGUCUUAGCACUAGCUUAAUAGAUGCCAGCAUCUCUUAGAAAGAUUGAUGAGACUAAGACUAUGUUCAUCCCAGCUUUAGUCUAGAUGCUCACUGAAGUAGAGGAAGAUAUGUCUGUGUGGGCAGAACAGAGAGAUGAAGAGGAAGUUGGUCAAACUGAUCCAUAUAACACUGCUGUUUCAAGUAUCAACAGACUUUCUCUUGAAAUUGGAGAAAAGACUAUGAUGCCAGUAUGUUCUGCUCUCAUUCAACAGCUUACUAAGUCAGGAGAAUGGAAGGAUAGACAAGCUGGUUAUAUGCUAAUGGGUCUUAUUUCUGAAUCAUGCAAAGAAAGUAUGAUGAAGAAUAUGGAUGAGGCAAUGAAAGUUGCAUGUGCCGGUGUUAUGGAUGAGAACAUUAGAGUUAGAUAUGCUGGUCUAUCUUGCCUUGGUCUCUUACUCACUGAAUUAUCACCUAAGGCUCAAAAGAAAUAUCAUCAAGAAUUGAUGCCAGUUCUUAUCAAACUCAUGGCAACCGAGUCAAUGAUCAAGGUUCAAACUCAUGCUGUAUCAACUGUCAUUAACUUCGUCAGAGGUCUAACAGAAGAAGAGGAAGAUGAAGAUAACAAUACAUAGGCAACUAAGAUUAUGGAAAGCUAUCAAGCUACUCUCUUUGAGGGAUUAGUUGUUUUACUUAAGAAAGGUAUUGAUGAGAACUAUGAGCCACUCUAAGAAGAAGUUAUGAAUCUUCUCUCAGUUAUGGCUAGCAUUAUCUAAGGGGAGUUCGCUAAAUUCUAUGGAUAAUUAAUGCCAAUGAUGACUCAAAUUUUGAGCAAUGUUGCAAUGACCACCAUGUCAUAAAUGACCUUAAGAGCUAGAAUUAUUGAGGCAAUGGGCUUCAUGAUUGAAGCUGUCUCAGAGCAAAAAGAGACAUUCAAGGAUGGUGUCCUCGAAAUCACUAAGGUCUUGGUAGCACUUUUACAAUCAGGCCUAACAAAUGACGACCCACAAGUACUUGCAAUUAAAGAAACCCUUGCUAAAAAUGCUUUCUUCCUAAAAGAAGACUUCCAUCAAUUCAUGCCAUAAUUAAUGACUACUCUACUUGCUGAUUCUAAUCUUGCCAUUGAUAUCAAGAUGGAGACAGCUGAUGGUGUUAAGACUGCUGAUGAAAACGCCACUGCAAUUACUUUUAAAAUGAAGGGAUUUGAGGGAAAUCAAAGACUCUCAAUGAACACUAGUGCACUUGAAAACAAGAUCUCAGCAUUCAAACUUAUCAAUAUGAUCUCAGAGAGUAUGGGGACUUCAUUUGCUCCUUACGUUCAACCUAUUCUACCAGUUAUGGUUGAGAAUAUGAACUAUCAAUACUCAAAAGCUAUUAGAAAGUUCUCAAUGAAGACUUUAAAUAACAUGCUGACUGCUGUUGGAGAGCCAGAUAACAUCACUCUUUUCACUAACCUUUUUCCUCAGUUCACACAAAUGAUCACAAAAAGUCUUGAGAGAGAAGAUCUUAAGGAACUAAAGAUUGUUCUUAAACACUUCUGGUUGAUGAUCAAGAAUCUCAACGAGAUCAACAAGACCUCAAAGAACUAUAUGAAUGAGGCAUAAUUAAGCACUCUUGGUUAGUUGCUAAACCAAGUUCUCACCCUUGUCACAUCAGCCAAGAAAGAAUCAGUGAGCAUUCUUAACUCCAAGAAUCAUGAAUUCGAUGAGGAAGAUGUUGAGAACAUGAAGGAAAAUCUUGCUCAACUAACCGCUCCAUCAACCUAUGUCAUGGAAAUCAGUGGCCAACUAGUAUUGAACUUUGGAGAAUUGGUUGGACAAAUUGUAAAGACCAACUUCUUGAACUACUUCGCUUUGAAUCUCAACAACUACAAAAACCUAUCAGAGAGUGAGUUACUCGAUGCCACUUGCUUCUUCUGUGACUUCAUUGAGUACUCAUACCAUAAUGACGCUGCUAUGAUUACUGAAUUGAACAACAAGUUCCUUGAAAUCUUCCAGAGCACUGAGUCAAUGGAUGUAAAGCAAACUCUCUCAUACGGAUUUGGUGUCUUCGCUAUGUUCAUUCCAACUGCUACAUAUCAAACAACACUUCUUCCAACAGUAUUCUAAGCCAUUAACUCAAUGGUCUCUGAUAAGGAUGCAUUCACUGAGGAUAAUGUUGUUGCUACUGAAUCAGCUCUUGGAGCAAUGGGCAAGCUAGUUUAUUUCCAGAAGGAUAACAACACCAUUACUGAUACAAUUGUCAAUGCUUUCUUGAGUAAGUUACCAUUAGUCAACGAGGAAGAAGAAGCCUAAAAGUCACACAAAUUGCUAUUAGAGCAAGUUGUUGCCAAUAACAUGAACAUCAUGAACGAUAAUACUAAGAGCAGUGUUAUGAUCGCUCUUCAAAAGAUUAAGGAGGCAGCCCAAGCUAAAAAGGACGAUAUUGAGGUACUCUGUGAGGAAGGUAUGGCACUAAUGAGCAAACUCUUAUGA